AUGUUGUCUUGCUUCAGGAACGCUCUUAGCAAGAAAAAGGAUUCCAACGGAAAACAAAAGAGUAAGGGCAUGACGAAGCCGAUAAUCAUUGGCCACCACGGCCACCCAUUUUAUCAUCAUGAACAGAAAAAGAGGGGCAGCACGUACAAGUGCAACGGGUGCCAACAAACCGGGUUCGGGCCCUAUUACUCGUGCAUCAACGUUGACUGCAAUUUCCAUUAUCGCCAGCACUGCGGUGACCUUUUGAGGCCUGACAUCUCCUGGGCCGUUCCUGUCAGCAACCACCCUCCCUACCCGACUGGCCAUCUCAUUCUCAAGGCAACGGCGCCGCGCAAAGUGCGGUGCUGUGUCGCGUGUGGCGACCAUGUCCUGGGGCUCAGGUACAAAGUGUGGCACAAGAAGGCGCACGGCUCGUACAAUCCUUUCUGGCUCAUCCGCCAGCACCUAAGUAACCGUGCCUUCCACCCGCUCUGCACGUUGCUCCCCAAACAGAUCCGAGGGACUGGCAACCAGGAGAUCGAUCUGGAGCUUGAGGAAGGGAUGCGAGGCGAGUGCCCCAUAUGCAAGGGCGAUGCCAAGGGCUGGGCUUACAAUAGUACCUGCGGGAUCUACGGUUACCACGUGGGCUGUGUGAAGAAGAAGAUCAUACAGAGUUGGCAGCAGGAGGAAGCUCCAGGAAAUGGAUGGAAGAAGAGAAAAGUGACUAUCUACGUGAAAAAAGCGUUGCGACCGACUCUAGAAAUAGCCAAGUUGGCUUUUCAGCAAAUCAUCCAAGUCCUCUUCGGGUUGCCGGCGGCCAUGGUGGUAGACGUCAUUGUGAAGUUUUUCGAUUUCACCUAUGAUAUCGGGAGCAGGAAGAAGAGGUGGACCGUGAUUGGCCUGAACGAGAUUGGAGUGGAGAUUAAGAAGGCGAAGCGCAACAACAGCAGCAAUGACGAUUCCUUAAAGCGGAGGGUCUUGGCCUGGGGAAGAGAAGUGUUGAUGCAGAGACUGAUGGGGUUGAUAUUGUUAGGUGUUGAGUUGAAUGUUUUUGUUUGGUGGGAAGCCAACCCCCAGAUGUUGGGAUGUUCUAGUUGGUUAUUGACCAAAUGUAAACAUUAA